UUCCACAGAAGAAGCUGCUGUUAAAAAAAUCAAAUGACUCCUGUAAAAUUAUAGGUCUGUAGAUUUUAGGGGUGCUUCCUUGGACUUAAAAUGGUCUGCUUUUGACUUUCUCGUUGUAGUGUUUGAACGUAUUCCUUCCAAAUUGUCGUUUUAAGCCAUUGUUCAAAUAAACUAUCAUUUAAAAUUAGAUUCUCAUUCCUAGGAUCAAUUUCUUCUAAAAAAUAUCACCUGCUUUUAAAGCUAUGGUAGUUUAAGUAUCUUGAGGUCUUGUUCACAAGUGAAAGAUGUAUCGGGAGAUCGAUGGGCGGAUUGGUGCUGCGUCUGCAGUGAAGCGGACAUUGUACCUGUCUGUUGUGUAAAGAGAGAACUGAGCCGGGAGGCAAACCUCUCAGUUUACCAGUCAGUCUACGUUCCAACCCUCACCUAUGGUCACAAGCUUUGGGUAAUCACAGAAAGAACGAGAUCGCGGAUACAAGCGGCCGAAAUGAGUUUUCUCUGGAAGCUGGCUGGGCUCUCCCUUAGAGAUGGGGUGAGCAGCUCAGUCAUCUGGGAGGGGCUCGGAUCUGCUGCUCUAGAUCUGCUGCUUUUCCACAUCGAGAGGAGACAGUUGAGGUGGUUCGGGCAUCUGGCCAGGAUGCCUCCUGGACACCUCUCUGGUGAGGUUUUCCGGGCACGUCCACCCAGGAGAAGACCUAAAGGAAGACCCUGGACACGCUAGAGGCACAAUGUCUCUCGGCUGGCCAGGGAACACCUUAGGAUUCCUCCGGAGGAGCUGGCCCAAGUGGCUGAGGAGAGGGAAUUCUGGGCCUCCCUGCUAAGGCUACUGCCCCCGCGACCUGACUCCAGAUAAGAAGAGAAUGAAUAGAUGGAUGGCACAGCCCUGCCCAUGCAUUUUAUGUCAUCACUAAAAUUCUCAUUUUGCAUGCCAGAAACCUGAAAUAGCUGUAUUCUAGAAGAUACUGUGAAUUAGUACAAGUCAACACAACAUUCCUGUAAAACGUAACAAAUAAAAAACUGUUUAUCAGAUCGGACUUUAACAUAAUUUUUAAUUAAUUUCUACUUAUUUCUGUCCUUUAAAAAUCUUACGAUUUAUCAUGAGUUUAGAUAUGUCCAACAGCACUUGAAUGCAUCAAUUUUCUGUGAAAAGAGAAUAGACUUGCAUCCUAUACAUAUUAGUAAAAACAAAGUUUAGCAUUGUUCUGACAAACUUUUCACACAGCACUUAAAAUCAAAAAGUCCAAAUGGAGAGUUACGGCUUCCCUUGUGGGACUCUUCCCACAUCCUGACGUCAGCUGAACACAAACGUUUUCCUCCCCAUUCCAGCGUCCAGCAGAAGCAUUCCCACAUCUGCUCAACAGCAGCAAUCAGAGGCUUUAGAAACAGCUGAUCACAGCCAUCCGUCUGUCCCGCACACACCAAACCCACUCAUGUCCAUCAGUCACAAGCUUUUCUGAGACUCCUCCAGUCGGGAUGUACUUCAGCCUCGCUGCUCCUCUCCUCUGUCUGCUGCUCUGUGCACCUGUGGCUGACAUGUGCUUGGCUUAUGUCACCCACAGCAGCUUUAUCCCUUAUUCCUGCAGCCAGGAACCACAGCCCUGCAGCGCCUCCUCGCUUACAGACUGCAGGUGCAAAAACAUCCAGCUCUCCUCUCUGCACUGGCCUCUGUCGCGCUCCACUCCUGUUUUUCAGAAGAAACAUUUAACCGUUUGGUUCACGUCGCCAUCCAACGUGGUGCGUCUGCUCAACAACUCCGAAGUGAGACACCUCACGCUUAUCUACUGCGGUCCUCCAGGAGAGGCCAGGAGGACAGCCUCGCUUCCUUUGAAGGAGCAUUUUGCUGUGCAGAAACUGGAGAGGCUGACACUGUUGAACGUGCCAGAGAGGCCUUUUCAUCGGUGCUCAGAUGCAAAUAGAGUCAAAAGCACAAACACUGACCUGAACAGUGAUUUUGGCUUUUAUUUUGACUCAAACAGAUACAACAGGGACAAAGACACUAAUGUGGACUUUGCCGUAGACUCAGUGAGAGAUUCUUUGACUGCGUCCCCAGUCCAAGACAUCCACCUGGGCAGGGAGCUCGGAGCAGCUUUUCAUGAACAGGCCAGGCUGGGAAUCAUCCACAGCUCUGUGCUGGACUGGGGAGCAGUGAUCAAGGCCUACACGGUCCAAACACACAUAGACGGAGAUGGUGUGCUGCCUUUCCCCGACCUCCACCUGGCAAAACUACCGGAGACGUCCGUCAUAUAUGUCAGCUUUGUGUACUGAUAAACAAAAGGAUCCAGUGUUUAAGGCACAUGCUUUAUUUUUGGUCUUCAACCGAAAAGCAAAACUAAACCUUGGGAGAAUUAAGUUUAAUGUUUUUCUUUGGAAAACUAUUUGGUUAUCAUUUGUAAAAUAUGUAUUUAUAUUUUAACUAUUUAUUCUGCAUGUUUCAGUCUUAGAUCUAGUUUUUGCUGAGAAACAACAGAGCUAAUUUCAGUGGAUAGUGGGUCUUUCAGUUCACCUUUGACCUCUGGUUACCUUUUUGAUCAGGAAUUAAACUUGUUCCCUUCUCAGACUAAACCGCUAGGUGGCAGCAAAUACAAAUGUUGGGUGUGGGGAGCAAACAUUUUUAUAAACAUAUUUAACAGAUUUUUUUUCUUUUUCUUUUUCAUAUUUAUACGGAAGUCCCAAUAUUAUUAAGAGUUAAUAACGAACGGGUUGGGUAUUUAUAGGAUUUAAAUUAACAGCACCACGAUUUGUUUUAGUUCACCUCUGCAAAUUAUUUAGUUUUAUUGAUUCUGUGUUCAUACUUCACAAAGUGCACAAACUAACUUAGACAAAUUGUAUACGUAUAUUUUAAAAUAUUGCCUACAUCUGGCUUUGCACACAUAAAUCCUUAGAAUUAAUAUAUUUUGUAAAUUUCCCUUUUUUAGCGAGUAAGAAGAAAAAUCACAUUUACGGGCGCCUCUUAUCAGACGCAUCCGCAUAUUUUAAAUAUGUAAGUUGUUCUGGGAGCAUGUUGGUGUGUUUAGGAGGCGCAGCUGCGUGUGUCUGCAGACGCUCCUGUUUGUUUCUGUCCUGUUUAAAGAUGCUCCAGCCGCCUCUGCUGACACCUGCUAGAGAGCUGCUGAUUUACAUGAUAAACGCGCUGAAUGCAGACUGAUACAGCCUGUUGAUCCCUG